AUGGAUUCCAACAACAAAUCUUCCGUACAAGUCAUUUCAGAAUUGGUUGAAAUGGGUUUCGAGCAUUCCAAAAUUCUCAAAGCCAUAAAAGUAGUGGGUCUAUCGAUUCCAAGCAUUGUGGAACAUAUCUUCAAUACUAACACUAGUACUAGUAAAAGCAGUGAUUGUGAACCAUCCACUAGUAAUGAGAAUGCUCUCAAAAAACGAACUUUUUCAUCUUCCUUUCAAGUUCCGAAGCCGAGAACAAUCAACCAUUAUUUUCAAUCCACUGAUAAAGGCAAUGCGAGAAAGAAAAAUGAUAUUGUUGUUGUUGUUGAUGAUGAUGAUGACGAUGAUGAUGAUGUGGAAGAGGGCAAGGAGCCAUUACCUCUAAUGGGUAUUGAUAUUGAUCGCGGUGUUCCUCGAGAUUUGGAUGUUGCGUCGGAUUGGGAGCAAAGAGCUAGUGUUUUGUUGCAAAAACAUUUUGGUUUUUCAUCCUUGAAAAGUUUUCAGAAGGAAGCUCUCUCUGCUUGGAUUGCGCACAAAGACUGUCUUGUUCUGGCUGCAACUGGAUCUGGGAAAUCUCUGUGCUUUCAGAUUCCGGCUCUGUUAACCGGGAAAGUGGUGGUUGUGAUUUCGCCUUUAAUAAGCCUAAUGCAUGAUCAAUGCUUAAAGCUAACAAAACAUGGAAUCAGUGCGUGUUUUCUUGGAUCUGGGCAGCCUGAUAAUACUGUUGAAAAGAAAGCAAUGAGAGGCAUGUAUAAUAUAGUGUAUGUUUGCCCAGAGACAGUUCUAAGAUUGAUUCAACCUCUGCAGAAGCUUGCAGAAAGCCGUGGUAUAGCUUUGUUUGCAAUUGAUGAGGUGCACUGUGUUUCUAAAUGGGGUCAUGAUUUUCGUCCUGCUUACAGCCGACUAUCUGCAUUGAGGGAAAAUUUCACUAUUGGCAAGCUAAAAUCCCUGAAAUUUGAUAUACCUAUAAUGGCAUUGACAGCUACAGCUACAAAGAGAGUUCAAGAAGACAUUUUAAAAUCUCUACGCAUGUCAAAAGAUACAAAUGUUGUUCUCACAUCAUUUUUUCGUCCUAAUUUACGCUUCACGGUAAAGAAUAGUAGAACAUCAUGGGCUUCUUACGAGAAAGAUUUUCAUGAGCUGAUUAAAGUAUAUGACAGUAUUUCUUCUUAUGAUGUGGACGGCGAUGAAGAUGACUGUGAUGAUAAAGAUAGUAAUGCAAUGCACUCACGAAACACCGGCAAUCAUAAGAAAAGAAGAAAAUUGACAGUUGAGUUCCUGGAAAAUGAUGUUGAUGUCUUUCAAAGUGCGGAUGACUUGGAUGUUGCGUGUGGUGAAUUUUGUGUGCAACCUCCUCCCAAGCAAUGUGAGUUAUCUGAGACAAUUGAUGCACCUACAAAACCAGAAAAAAGACUCAAAAUGCUUAAGGAGCCUUUUGGACAAGGACCUACAAUUAUAUAUGUACCCACCAGAAAAGAAACAGUGAGAAUUGCGAAGUAUCUAUGCAAGUCUGGCGUGAAGGCUGCUGCUUAUAAUGCCGGGCUGCCCAAGUUGCAUCUAAGAAGGACUCAUAAAGAGUUUCAUGAAAAUACUUUAGAGGUUGUUGUUGCAACAAUAGCAUUUGGAAUGGGAAUUGACAAAUCGAAUGUUAGAAGAAUCAUUCACUAUGGUUGGCCACAGAGUUUGGAAGCCUACUACCAAGAAGCUGGACGGGCUGGUCGAGAUGGGAAAUUAGCAGAUUGCAUUCUAUAUGCAAACCUAGCAAGGAAGCCAUCACUUUUGCCAAGUCGUAGAAGUGAAGAAAUGACAAAACAAGCGUAUAUCAUGUUGUCCGAUUGUUUCAGAUAUGGAAUGAAUAUUUCAUGUUGUCGAGCAAAGACACUUGUAGAAUACUUCGGAGAGGAUUUCAGCCAUCAGAAGUGUCUCUUAUGUGAUGUGUGUACUAAUGGACCACCUCAAAGGAAGAAUCUAAAAGAGGAGGCUUGUAUUUUACUGCAAACUAUAGGGUCCCAUAAUGCACGUAACUAUUCCAUGGAUUCCUCAUAUAUUGAUGAUAUCCAUUUUGAUUCCGAGGAUAGAAGACUAGGAGAGAGGCCAAGUCUUAUGACGUUAGUUAGAAAUAUAAGGGAACAGUUUCAAAAAUUUGUAACAACUGAUAUAUUAUGGUGGAGAGGACUUAGUCGAAUUUUGGAAGCUAAAGGAUUUAUCAGGGAAGGAGACAACAAGACCAAUGUUCAGAUAAAAUACCCGGAACUAACAAAACUAGGUUUGGAAUUCAUGAAGUCCAAGACUGAGGAAGCUUUCUAUGUUUACCCUGAGGCAGAUAUGUUGCUUGAAACAAAAACUGACAAACCAUUUUCCUCAUUCUCAGAAUGGGGAAAAGGUUGGGCUGAUCCUGAGAUCCGUCGCCAGCGCCUAGAAAGAAUGCAACAUGAUAGAAGUCCAACAAAGCGGCAAAGCCCCGGAAAGCGAAGAAAGAGGAAAGGUAGAAAAGCGAAACCUGAUUUGAGGACUUCUCGAGGUAGACUAACAGCAAAGCUUUCAAAACUUAAGUGA